UACAGUUCCCUGUCAGAUUUACUCUUUACAAUUGGCUGUCACUGUUUCAGAAUUCUCCAUACCGAAACCUUCGACCAAUUUGACUGGCCGGUCAAGCUUUCCGUUCCUCCCAAUUCGAAUCCUCUGCUCUCUCCCAAACCCCACCCAAUAAUCGCAUGCUUGUUGAUUGAUCAUAUGGUAACUAUUGAUUUAUGAAAGUUUAAUUGCUCACUCAAAUAUUGCGGAUGGCGAUUCUGUAUGGUGUGGUGGCGCGUGGGACGACGGUGCUUGCGGAGUUCAGCGCCGUCACGGGGAACACUGGCGCGGUGGUGCGCCGGAUACUGGAGAAGCUAUCCGAUACUGAGUCUGCCGAGUCGAGGUUGUGCUUCUCCCAAGAUCGCUACAUCUUCCAUAUCCUCCGGUCUGAUGGCCUUAUAUUCCUCUGUAUGGCCAACGACACCUUUGGAAGGAGAAUCCCAUUUUCAUAUCUUGAGGAUGUUCAGAUGAGAUUUAUGAAGAACUAUGGGAGAGUGGCUCCUUAUGCACCUGCUUAUGCUAUGAAUGAUGAAUUCUCAAGAGUGUUGCACCAGCAAAUGGAGUUUUUCUCCAGUAAUACUAGUGCUGAUACGCUCAACCGUGUCAGAGGGGAAGUUAGCGAGGUGCGUACUAUAAUGGUGGAUAACAUUGACAAGAUACUAGAGAGAGGUGACAGGAUUGAGCUUCUUGUUGACAAAACAGCGACCAUGCAGGAUAGUGCAUUUCACUUCAGGAAACAAUCUAAGCGUCUUCGACGAGCUCUAUGGAUGAAAAAUGCUAAACUCCUGGCCAUGCUGACAUGUUUGAUUGUUGUACUCCUGUAUUUCAUCAUUGCUGCUGCAUGUGGAGGCAUCACUCUACCAUCUUGUAGAUCAAAAUAAUAUCUUGAGAUAUGCCUUGGGCCAUCCCACUUGACAUAUCCAAGUUGUUUCAGCGAAAGCCUAAAGAAUGCCCAAAUGGUUGCUUCCUUUGAGAUGUUCACGGAACUAUGCCGUUGCCAGAUAAUUUACUCAAUUAUGUUGUUGUGGGCUGUAAAGUAUUUUGAUUGAAAAGCAUGAUUACAUUUAGUAUAUUGUCGUCAAUAUCUUAUUUUGUUAUGUAUAUCAUACACUGCUGGAAAGAUUUCUUUUACCGACUAUUGUCUUCGAAUCUCAGAAUCCUUUUUUAUUA